AUGAACUCUCCCAAACUCGUCAUAAGAUUCUUGCCUUUUUCGAGCGUGGAGUGGAUAGGAAAUGUAACAAUCCGAUGCCAAGAAACUGACCUCGAAGCACAACUUUGUUACAGAGGAUACUCGUUUUGCCAACGACCCUCACUACAUAGGUCGAUUAAGGGAAAGAUCGUUAGAUCAUCGACUUCACACUUCAUUUAUGAAAUCGAUGGCCAUUGGGACAGAAGCGUAAUGGGGAAGGAUGUAGCCACUGGGCAGCAGACAACUAUCUACAAUGCUAAAGAAGCACUAUCUGUCAUGGAUCCAGAGGCGGUUUGUAGAAGUGAGUAUGGAGUGAAGUGAGCAGGGCCAUAAUCGAGAAGAAGUGGGAUAAAGCCAGAGAAUGCAAGAGUGAGAUUGAGGAGAAACAGAGAGAGACAACUCAAAGAGGAAGAAUGGCUUCCUAAGUAUUUUAGGGUGUUCCCUGCUCCAGUUCUUGUUAAUCAUUAAUAUUUAAAACUUUCGUUCUUGUAUUUCGAAAUAACUAUGUCUCUUUUAUAUUUUUAUGAACAAUCCUCUUCCCUAUAAAGCAUUUUAAGAAGGUGGAGUGGCUCAUUUUCAGGUGAUAUCAAUGCAAACUCAAGUU